AUGACACUGUCCCUGAGUGAGUUAUCUUCUCAUCGGACAACCAUCUUUGCGACUGCUGCAGGUGAAGAUGCGAGGGCGGGUGAAGAUGCGAGGGCGGGUGAAGAUGCGAGGGCAGGUGAGGGCGAGAAUGUGAGGUUGGGUGAAGAUGUGAGGUUGGGUGAAGAUGUAUUGAAGGGUAUGAGCGACGGCAGAUCUGCAGAUCUGAGCUCCGUCAAGCACAAGGGCCUGCAAUACAUUGGGCUAAAUAUGUAUAGUAAGGCCGAUGCUCUUGACCCGCCAAUUCCAGAAAUCAAGGAUAAGUCAAUCGCUAUGGCUGCCUUGCAAGCUGGCGAAAUCACCAUGACGGCACACAACUGGCCAACAUUCUUUUAUGAACAUGGCGUUUACGAUGCUGCUGAGAAGACACAUGGCCUGUUUCGAAACCACAUUGUUCUGAGGUUUUAUAAACAUCUUUUUAUUGGACCAUUAUCCGUCAUGAACGAUGCAUCAAAUGUCCGCAACUCUGUGAAGCCAUCCAAAAAUCGUGCAUGGGGACUGACAGCUGUCAACAAAUACAUCAUCGCAUAUGUUCACAUUAUCACACACUUUACGAUCAGCAGCGCUCAGCACUGGACACAGUGUAUUGGCGACAUGGACUUGGAUGAGCUCCUCUGGGCCAUCAUUGAAAUGCUAGACGACGACGACGAUCUAUGGGUCAAAGACACCCUCGUGUGGUGGAACAGGCACCUCAAACCAACCAAGGACAACUCACACUCAGCCAAGCUCAUGCGAAAGGAAAGUGAGGACGACAUUGCACAAAUUUGUGCUCAGCGAGCUGCACGCCGUUCUGCAUUAGUUACAUCAGAUGUGCUGUCAUGUCCGGUCAACCCUAAUGGGUCUCGAGAGCCCUCAACCAGUAAGCAAGCUCGCCCUGUGGAGUACGAAGACGAAGAUGAUAUAACACAUGCACCCAAAUGGCUUUGGCGAGCGGGUGACGACCUUGCCAGUGACUCACCACCUCACCCAAAUUCCAACGCUAAGCAGCACCGCACCUCAGUUUAUGAUGACAAUGAGGUUGCGGUACCACGAACACAGUCAACCCACCCUCGGUUGGAAAGGCAAGGGCAGCCUGCGAAGCCACGGCCCCUGCACCAGCGCCACACUCAGGUUACUUCAGACGACAAUGAAGAUACCCCACCCCCUCACAAGCUCAAAUCCAAGCGCCCUAUCUCUCUCGAUGAUGAUGCCAACGAGCUGGAAAUAGCAGCACAACCCAAACGGCCUUGA